AUGGAUCAGGUUUUGACGGAUAUUGCUGUGGGAAGCAAGCCAGUCGGAAGCCCUGCCGCUCAUUCACUGAUUAAAUCACUCCAUGAAGAAUCACCACUAUCGAAUUCUUCAUCCAAUGUUACAACAACAUCAAAUAUAAUUUCUUGGGUCAAUCAAUCUCCUGUUUUUCGACAAUCUUCAAAGACAUUGGAAAAGACCGAAGCUCUACAUGUAGAUACAAACUCGGAACCGGUACCAUAUAGGUCCAUUUAUAAGUAUCGACCACAAAAUUCUGAUGAGCUUGAAUUACAAGAAGGUGAUUUGGUCUAUGUACUGGAAAAAUGCGAUGAUGGUUGGUUUGUUGGCACCUCACAACGGACAGGUUUCUUCGGAACUUUUCCGGAUAACGUAAUGUGCCGAGUUACCGGACAGCACCCAGUUAUCCGACAUUUGCUUUGUAUUUAAAAAACGAAUUCAUACUCGAAUAUUCUUAAAUUUAUAUAUAUAAAAAGAAAGCUCAUAGUUUUUUCGAUUAGAGGGCAUUAAAAGUUAUUCUUUGCAUUACAAAUGAAUAUCCUUUUUUUAUCAUUUACUUCAGCAUCAUUGAAUUUUUUCUGUCAUUUGCGCUUAAAAACGAACGUCAGUCACAUGAGUUGCUCUAUGCAAGUUUGAAGAAAAAUAUUUCAAACUAUACGCAUUAGUGUGAAACUUCACAUUUAAAGUAAUUAAAUAUCGUAGAUUUAAUUUUAAUUGUUAUAUAAAAUCAAUUUUAUAAAUUUUCAACCGAGAACUGGGCAGGAAAAAGUGUCUUAUUUAUGGUAUUUGCCCAUUUAUCGGACAGGAAGAACAGUUCAAGUGAACAUUCAAAUAGAUUUUUUAAAAAUUAUUUCAAUUUUUUAUGCAGCAGUAAUUAUAUUACUUUUCCGCACACCUAGUGUAGGAAAGGUAUUGUAUUAGGCCA